AUGAGAAUUGCAAUACUCACGACCGAUAAUGAUCAUUUUAUUCAAGAAUCAACUAAAAAUCAAGAAUUAAUCAUUAAAGAUUAUCAGAAACCAAAGGAAUUUCAAAACAAACUUAUAAUUCAUUAUACACAUGAGAAGCGAUUCAAUACACGUAAGAGAGACAUGCAUCGUAUCUUUCAAGACACAUUCGCGAAUACUUCAAAUAAUCGAAACCAAACUGAUCGUUGGGAACACAAAUGGCAAAAACACAAUGAAAGAACUGAUUCGAAAGCGCCCACCACAGGCAAUACUGAAAAACAAAGUUAA